GUGUGAUUGGCAGGCGAGGAGGGGGAGCGAAGGAGAGCUCAUAGGGUCUGAUAUGUCUGCCAUCUUGAAGUGUCGGUGAUGGUGGCGAGCGCUCGCUUUCCCGUCUGAGCCGAGGCAGACCGGGACCCGUGACGGGGAGACGCGCUCGCCGAGGAAGAAAUCUACUUCAUCUUAACCUAAUUCAGUCCUGCUAAUCUGCUAAUAUUGUAGAUUGAAAGAUUUUUGCUGUUGCCAGGAUAUCCUGUAAUGGGCAAGGAGCCACAGAGAAUACAAAUCGUUUUGUUUUCUUAACCUUUUUAAAACUUUUGUUAACAGGGACCUGGGCUCCUGUUGGAAAGUGAUGGAAUAAUCUCUGCUCAGCACCUGCCAUGUUGAGGGAGCACCCCUAACACAGCUUGCCUGGGAGACAGUUUGUGAAAUAACGCAGUAACAUGUUUGCAGUAACCAGCAUGUUUUGGAAAUUUGAUCUCCAUUCGUCAUCCCACAUAGACACACUUCUAGAAAGAGAAGAUGUAACGCUGAAGGAAUUGAUGGACGAGGAGGACGUUUUGCAGGAAUGCAAAGCUCAGAAUCGCAAACUUAUAGAGUUUCUGUUGAAAUCAGAAUGUCUGGAAGAUUUAGUUUCAUUUAUUAUAGAAGAACCACCUCAAGACAUGGAUGAAAAGAUCAGAUACAAGUAUCCAAACAUAUCUUGUGAGCUUCUUACGUCAGAUGUCUCGCAGAUCAAUGAUAGACUGGGAGAAGAAGAAUCCUUACUUAUGAAACUGUACAGCUUCCUAUUAAAUGAAUCCCCUCUCAACCCUUUAUUGGCCAGUUUCUUCAGCAAGGUGCUAAGUAUUCUUAUCAGCAGAAAACCGGAACAGAUUGUGGAUUUCUUAAAGAAAAAACAUGAUUUUGUAGACCUCAUUAUAAAGCACAUAGGGACCUCUGCUAUUAUGGACUUGUUGCUCAGGCUGCUUACUUGUAUAGAACCUCCACAGCCCAGGCAAGAAGUAUUAAAUUGGUUAAAUGAGGAGAGAAUUAUCCAGCGGCUUGUAGAAAUUGUACAUCCGUCUCAAGAUGAAGAUAGGCAUUCAAAUGCAUCACAGUCGCUCUGUGAAAUUAUUCGCCUGAGCAGAGACCAGAUGUUACAAAUACAGAACAGCUCAGAACCAGAUCCGCUGCUUGCAACUCUAGAAAAGCAAGAAAUUAUAGAACAGCUACUAUCAAAUAUUUUUCAUAAAGAGAAAAAUGAAUCUGCAAUAGUCAGUGCAAUCCAAAUAUUACUGACCUUACUUGAGACAAGACGACCAACAUUUGAAGGUCAUAUAGAGAUCUGUCCUCCAGGCAUGAGCCAUUCAACAUAUUCAGUCAACAAAAGUGUUUUAGAAGCCAUAAAAGCACGACUUGCAUCCUUCCAUGAGCUACUACUUGAGCCCCCGAAAAAAAGUGUUAUGAAGACAACAUGGGGCGUAUUGGAUCCACCUGUGGGAAACACUCGCUUAAAUGUGAUUAGGUUGAUAUCCAGCCUUCUACAGACUAACACAAACAAUGUGAACUUGGAACUUAUGGAGUUGAACAGCAUAGGAGUUAUAUUGCUUUUUCUUAAGUGCCAAUUAGUGGAACGAGUACUUGAAGCAUGGGAAAUGAAUGAGAAGAAACAGGCUGAAGGAGGAAGGCGGCAUGGUUAUAUGGGUCAUUUAACAAGGAUAGCUAACUGUAUUGUGCACAGUACUGAUAAGGGGCCAAACAGCGCACUAGUACAACAGCUUAUUAAAGAGCUUCCAGAUGAUGUCAGGGAGCGAUGGGAGACCUUCUGUACAAACUCCUUAGGAGAAACUAACAAAAGGAACACAGUGGAUCUAGUUACUACCUGCCACAUUCAUUCAUCCAGCGAUGACGAAAUUGACUUUAAAGAAACUGGUUUUUCACAGGAUUCUUCUUUGCAGCAAGCCUUUUCUGAUUAUCAGAUGCAACAAAUGACGUCCAAUUUUAUUGACCAGUUUGGCUUCAACGAUGAGAAGUUUGCCGAUCAAGAUGACAUCGGGAAUGUCUCUUUUGAUCGAGUGUCAGACAUCAACUUUACCCUCAAU